AUUUCUUCAUCCCUUAAGACGUUAUUUUUUUGUUUUAAUUAGAUCUAGGUUAAUUCUCACGUCAGGAAGGUGAGAAACAGUUAAAAGUGCACCAAACUAUCUAAAUAAAAAAAUCUGUUGUCAAGUUUCCCCAAGCAUUUGGCUUUCAAGCUUUAACUUUAACAUUCAGUAUAAAUAACUUACUGUAUUGUUAUUUCCUUACAGGAAGUUAGUUAAACAUGCCUAUUCCUAGUUUACUUACAAUUAACCCUGAUAAUUUAUUUGAAAAAUCUUCAAUUUCGGAAAUAGAAGAUGUCCAGAAGAAACUUCAGAGUGAAAUUGAAAGAAAACGUGAGGAGUUGAGAACCAUGGUCGGCGAAAGGUACAGAGACUUAAUUGAGGCAGCUGAUACCAUAUCAAUCAUGAAAAACUUGUCAGAAAAAGUGAUUGAAGAUGUCAACAAAAUGAAAACUGCCACUGCUGAGUUACAACAGCGACAGGUUUCAGGCUUCAAGAUGGAUUACUACCACAAGGAUUUGAAGAAAAGUACAAUGGCUGGUGUAGCCGCACAGAUCAAGCUGCUGGUAGACAUUCCAGAGUACAUUUGGGAAACCGUUGAUUCAACACAGUUUACUCAUGCAGCCUUAUACUACAUCAUGGCUCGUUAUAUAAAAACAAGUUUAGAGAUCAACCCAAGUUUCCAAACCACAAUGUAUUUUCCUGUAGUUUCUCGUCAGUGGUCUUCUAUAGUUCAUUUUAAGGACACAAUUAUAAAAGGAGCUGAAGAAUCUUUGAAGUUACAGCAUGACUCUCAGGUAACGUGCAGUGCUCUGCUGAGUCUAGCGCUAUUGGAGAGUCUAUCGUCGGGUCAGCUACUGCAGCGCUACUUGACGUUGCGCUCAGAGGCACUGAGACAACAGCUCUCCCCCCACCACUCUCCACUAGACAGUGCUGCAGUCCAAGAGAGGCUCUGCUCCAGCUACUCCCUGCUCAUACAUUCCAUCGUGGCCAUAUCUCACUGUUUUUACGAGCAUGUACAAGCCAAGGAAGGCCUGCUCUGGAGGGAGUUAGAGAGAUACGUUAGUCCACAGUCUGCUCCUACACUGCAGCUGUUGGACAACGGAGACAGCGACAUUCCUACCUCUGUCCUGCCCUCGGCAAUCCGAGAGUUCAGACCUGUGCUGGACAAGCCACUGGAGCCAGUGUCUGAAGAUGUGCUUAGAGAAGCUGUGACCUCGUGGCUGGUCUGGGUCCGUCAACUGGUCAAAGAGCAGGGUGGACAACUGUUGCAACGACUUUCAUCCCUACGCAGCUUACAAGGCUUACGGGAUGCUCCACAGGGAGUGUGUGAGGAGUGGCCUCUAGUGUGUCAGUCACUGGUGUCUCCAGGCUCCAACAUGGACCUGUGGAGUGACCUCUACCGACCUCUGAUAACACUGCGUGCCCAGCAGCUAGUCUCCGUACACUGGGAUUCAGCUCUGAAGGGAUUGCAGCAUCAGAUUCGACAAGCCAUCAAUGCUGCCACCAAUGAGACCAAACAAACAGAAGUGGACUUGAUGUGGCACAUUUGGAAGGAAUCUGACUCUGAUCUUCAACCUAUUGAUGACCUCAAAAACAUCAAAGGGUUGUGGGUGAAGGCCAGAGGAAUAUCUCCAAGGGUGACAGAACUGUGUGCAGCCCUAGAACGCAAGGUGUGUUGGCUGCUAGCAGACCUCAACUCUCUGUGUCCAGAGCAAGAGGUAGAUCCUGGACUGUUGGCCAUCAGUAACACUCUCAAGGUCCAUCAACAGACUGUAUGUUCUACACUUGUAGUCAAACUGGUCCAGUUUGUAAAGGAUAUGCUAGCUGAGACAACCAGUGAGGCAGUCGCCAUCUUGUUGGCAAAGUUGCUACAGUGUGUUCCAGAGCUCUGUCCCUCUCUCAGUAAAUGCCUUUCCUCCAUCGACACUAAGUCAGUGUCGUGGCAGGAGAGUUUAUCUUUGCUACAGACUGAGUGUCUCUCAGCUUACAAGACUUGGCAGUCAUUGGCUCUCCCUCGGCUGUUGAAUCAUACUAUGGACACCCUAUCGUCUGCUGUGCCUGACCUUCAUACUAUCCCUCAAUGGGAAGAGAUCACGAUAGAAGAAGAAGGAGAGACAGGAGAGAGGGUUCAGUCUGUACUGAAGGUGCCUUGUAGUGUGAGUCUGGGACUGCAGAGUGCUCUACAUCAGCUGGCUUCUCUCAUAGGACACGUCUCCAUCCCCAAGCAAAUCUCUGAACAAGUCGUUGAGUCAGUUAUAAAUAACAUCAUUGAUCUGUACAACAAAAACAGUGAAAGUGCUAGUUUAACUCAAACCCAGUAUCUUCAAAUGCUUCUAGAUAUUAAGUAUUUGACUCAGCUAUUCAAUCCAAACAAGGAAAUAAAAACUAAGUGCCAAGAUAUUUCUGGAAAACUGGAGUCAAAAAUUGAUCCGUUCGAUCUAAAUGUAUUUACUCCAUACAUUAACAACAAUGUUAAAACUGCUGUUCACCAAACCCAGGCUCUGAUGGGAGUGUUGGUGUCUGGGAGUAUGUCACAACUUUCAGUUCAGAAUCAUCAUACAGAGGAGCCGUGUGUCCUAGCCCUCAGUACCUCUGCAGCCACGUGGUUUCCUCUGCUGCACAUCACUGCUCCUCGUUUGUCCCAUCCUCAGUCAAAGCCAAAGGCCAAGAAACCUUCAAGUUCCCCUUCUAAAGGAGCUUCCACAGAAGCUGCUGCCAAACAAAGCACAGCUUCAUCUUUCUUCGGAGUGAUGGCUACCGACUGGUUCGGCUAAAACUAUUUGUAAUCUUUUGUUGUUUUUGCCACAAUGUAAUUAUUCUAACUGUAAAUACAUAUGUUGUCUCUACUGUUAUCUGUAUACUGUUUCCUAAAGUACUAAUAGUAUGACACUUUAGAUUUAAAACAUUGAAAGGUAAUUUAUUUAAGUUUACUGUAGUUUAUGUAUGUGGGGCCGCUUGGUGUUGUUCAAGAAAUGUUUUUCA